UUAAAAAUAUUUUGAUUUUAGGGGAUGAGUGAGCAAACCGCAAGGAAGGAUUGGCCAAUUUCUGUCAUGAAGACAGUCUUACAAGAACUCAUAAGGGAAACUCCAGGAGAUCUGCUUGCAAAGGAGUUGUGGUGCUGCUCAAGCAGUGCUUCUGAAUGGUGGGCUGUCACUCAAGCUUAUUCAAGGUCAACAGCGGUCAUGUCAGUCAUUGGUUACAUCAUUGGUCUUGGUGAUAGACAUUUAGAUAAUGUGCUGGUUAAUGUUAUGACUGGAGAU